AGGUCGUGGUGCGAAAGUAAUUAAAUGCUAUUUAUGCUUAUUUAUUUGUUUACGUUACAAAUGCGUACAUUUAGAAGCAGUUAGUGACCUAACAAAAGAUGCUUUUAUAAUGACUUUAAGACGUUUCGUGUCACGUCGAGGCAAGCCAGUGGAAAUAUGGUGUGACAAUGGUCGUAACUUCGUAUCAGCCGCCAAGGAGUUAAAUUCUUUUUUAAAAAAUAAUCAACAAUCUCUAAUUGACUUUGCAACCCACGAGAAAAUUAAAUUCAUAUUUAGUCCUCCGUACGCUCCUCACUUUGGAGGAAUCUGGGAAGCAGGGGUCAAAUCUGCUAAAUUCUUUAUAAAGCGCGCCAUGGGCAAUUCUCAUUUAACAUUUGAGGAAAUUUCUACAUUAUUUGCACAAGUGGAGUCUAUAUUAAACAGUCGUCCUUUACAUCCAUUAUCAACCUCUCCUGACGAUUUCCUUGCUCUUACUCCUGGUCACUUUCUUAUUGGGAGGCCGUUGACUGCGUUACCAUCGCCCGAUUUGAAGACAGAAAAUCUCACUACCACGCAGCGUUACGCUCGAUUAGAACAAAUCCGACAACACUUCUGGCGACGCUGGCAAAAGGAAUAUAUAUCUGAGCUGCAGCAGCGGACGAAAUGGAGAACAAAUCUUGCCAAGCUCAAUAUAGGGGAUUUGGUUUUAAUUCAAGAAGAUGAUGUGCCCCCUUUAUCCUGGCGUCUCGGGAGAAUAACUCAUCUGUAUCCGGGACCAGACGGAGUGCAUCGGGUAGCAGACAUUAAGACCACACGAGGUUCCAUUCGAAGACCAGUGGUGCGGAUCUGCCCUCUUCCGAAAGCUGAAGAUCUUCAAUGUUGA